CCCUUUACCAUUUUCGAUCAGGUUAGGCAUCACUACCAUCAUCACAAAAAUAUAUAUAUAAAAAAAAAUUCCAAGGCCCAGAAAGAGAUCGUAGUUUAAUUAGAAGAUAUACACAAUAAUGGCCACCAACGGAGAGGAACAGCAAAGCCAGGCAGGAAGGCACCAGGAAGUUGGCCACAAGAGCCUUUUGCAAAGUGAUGCUCUUUACCAGUAUAUUCUCGAGACUAGUGUGUAUCCAAGAGAGCCUGAAUGCAUGAAGGAGCUCAGGGAGGUGACUGCCAAGCAUCCUUGGAACAUCAUGACCACAUCUGCUGAUGAAGGGCAAUUCUUGAAUAUGCUUUUGAAGCUUGUCAAUGCCAAGAACACCAUGGAGAUCGGUGUUUACACUGGCUAUUCUCUCUUGGCCACUGCCCUGGCUAUCCCUGAGGAUGGCAAGAUCUUGGCUAUGGACAUCAACAGAGAAAACUAUGAAUUGGGUCUCCCAGUAAUUCAGAAAGCUGGUGUUGCGCACAAGAUUGAUUUCAAGGAAGGCCCUGCUCUACCAGUUCUUGAUCAAAUGAUUGAAGAUGGGAAGUGCCAUGGAAGUUUUGAUUUCAUCUUUGUGGAUGCUGACAAGGACAAUUAUAUAAAUUAUCACAAGAGGUUGAUUGAGCUUGUCAAAGUUGGUGGACUGAUUGGGUACGACAACACUCUAUGGAAUGGAUCUGUGGUGGCACCACCUGAUGCUCCGAUGAGGAAGUAUGUGAGGUACUACAGGGACUUUGUUUUGGAGCUCAACAAGGCACUUGCUGCUGACCCCAGGAUUGAAAUUUGCAUGCUUCCUGUUGGUGAUGGCAUCACUCUCUGCCGUCGGAUCCAAUGAGGGACCUGCCAAUAUUAUUAUCUGAUGUUGACCAUUGAAAUGGUCACUUACAAAAACUAGUGAGAUGUAAUAAUUGUUUUUACCCACUUUGUAUUUCAAUGGCUUAUAAUUUGUGUACCUGAACAGAAUGGUGUAUGAUUGAGAAAUUCCUCUCUUAAAUUUCUGUAAGUGGAUUUUUUAUGCACUUAAUCAAUAUUGUUCGGUGGCUAAA